AUGUGUGACGAAAGAAUCCACACAGGAGAGAGACCCCACAAAUGCAUAGACUGUGGGAAAAGUUUCAUCCAGAGGUCAGACCUUGAUAAACAUCAGAGAAUCCACACAGGAGAGAGACCCCACAAAUGCAUAGACUGUGGGAAAAGUUUCAUCCAGAGGUCAGACCUUGAUAAACAUCAGAGAAUCCACACAGGAGAGAGACCCCACAAAUGCAUAGACUGUGGGAAAAGUUUCAUCCAGAGGUCAGACCUUGAUAAACAUCAGAGAAUCCACACAGGAGAGAGACCUCACAAGUGUGUGGACUGUGGAAAAACUUUUAUACAGAAGGCAGCCCUUGUUAAACAUCAAAGAAUUCACACAGGAGACAGACCCCAUAAGUGCUUGGACUGUGGGAAAACAUUCAGAAUCACAUCGGCCCUUGUUUUACAUCAGAAAAUCCACACAGGAGAAAGCCCCCAUAAGUGCUUAGACUGUGGAAAAAGUUUCAUAUGGAGAUCAGACCUUGUUAAACAUCAGAAAAUCCACACAGAAGAGAGACCUCACAAAUGUGUGGAGUGUGGAAAAAGUUUCAAACAGAGGUCAGACCUUGCUAAACAUCAGAGAAUCCACACAGGAGAGAGACCCCACAAGUGUGUGGACUGUGGAAAAAGUUUCAUACAGAGGUCAGCCCUUGUUAAACAUCAGAAAAUCCACACAGGAGAGAGACCCUAUAAGUGCUUAGAAUGUGGGGAAAGUUUCAGAAUCACAUCAUCCCUUGUUAAACAUCAGAGAAUCCACACAGGAGAAAGCCCCCAUAAGUGCUUAGACUGUGGAAAAAAUUAUGUACGGCGGUCAGACCUUAUUAAACAUCAGGCAGUCCACACAGGAGAGAGACCCUACAAGUGCUUAGACUGUGGGAAAAAUUUCGUACGGAGGUCAGACCUAAUUAAACAUCAGAGGAUCCACACAGGAGAGAGACCCCAUAAGUGUUCGGAAUGUGGAAAAUGUUUCACACACAGAUCACAUCUUAUAGCACAUCAGAGGAUUCACACAGGAGAGAGACCCCAUAAGUGCUUGGACUGUGGGAAAAGUUACACACAGAGAUCACACCUCACUAAACAUGGGAGAAUCCACACUGGAGAGAGACCCUAUAAGUGCUCGGACUGUGGGAAAAGUUACACACAGAAAUCACACCUCACUCAACAUGGGAAAAUCCACACAGGAUCCAAACUUCUGUGACAUGUGACUCAGAUUCAACCUUUAGACACAUAUUAGGAAUGUGUGUAAAUGCUAAUUAGCGCCAUUCCACAUUAGAGAAGAUAGAGCUUUGAAAUGUAAACUUUUAUGGUUAAAGAAUUGGAAGAAGCUAGUAAUUGUAAUAGUUUACGUUUACUUACAUCUUGUUAGAGGUUAACAGUGUAACUAAAGGGUUCCUGUCUAGAGUUGUAUUUUGUUAAGUCUGAGAUGGGAAGGAAAUAUUAACAUAUAGAUAAAAUUUGGGUGUAAUAAGAUCGUUGUCUACAUGUCUCUGUAAAGUUUGUGGUAAACUGUUUAUUAACUGCUCUGUGGAUAUUUACCUUAUUUUAGUCUAUGUAAUUAAUUACCAGUGUUGUUUAAGAAAAAGAAUAAAUGGACACAAAUCUGACAUCAGGAAUCAUAAUAUUCAAAAACAUCUGUUAGUCUUAAAGGUGCCUCUGUUGCUUUAUUCAAAAACCAGUGGAAGAAGACUUCAACCUCUCUAAC